UUCUCGCCCUUCCUAAACCGUGCACAGCCUGAAGCAUUGAGGACACCAUCACCUCAACUGGAAUAGUUUUGGUUUUUGCCCAGACGCACCAAGUUGCAGCUGCAGAGGCGCACUUUUCUCCGUGGCUCCUCUCUCUUUUGCGCUCGCAAUCCGAAAUGGAAGAUGGUCCGUCUUCAACAAGCUGUUUCAGAAGGUUAACGGACUGUUUCCUGGGUGCAAGCUUGACAGAUGAGAAAGUGAAGGCCUACCUCUCGCUGCACCCGCAGAUGCUGGACGACUUUGUGCUGGAGAGUGUGAGUGCAGAGACGUUGGACAGAUGGCUGAAGAGGAAGACCGGCAGCAGGCCUGCAGAUGACACAUCAGCUAAAGACGUCAGCAGGUACCAGGACACAAAUAUGCAGGGUGUGGUGUACGAACUCAACAGCUACAUGGAGCAGCGCCUGGACACUGGAGGAGACAACAAACUCCUGCUCUAUGAGUGCAACAUCAUCAAAACAGCAACAAAAGCUGAUGGAUUUGCACUUUACUUCUUGGGAGAAUGCAACAAUAGUUUAUGUUUGUUCACUCCUACGGGGGCCAAGGAUGGCCCUCCAAGCCUCAUCCCCUCCGGCCCCAUCGCAUUUGGGACAACCAUUGCCGCUCAUGUUGCCAAGACUCGCAAAACACUGCUAGUAGAGGACAUCAUGGGGGACGAGCGCUUCCCCGACGGCACAGGGCAGGACUCAGGGAUCCAUGUUCACUCUGUCCUGUGCCUCCCCAUUCUCACUGCCAUCGGGGACCUCAUUGCCAUCUUGGAGCUGCACCGGCACUGGGGCAAGGAGCCCUUCAACCUCAGUCACCAGGAGGUUGCAACAGCUAAUUUAGCAUGGGCAUCAGUUGCUAUUCAUCAAGUACAGGUGUGCAGAGGCCUCGCCAAACAGACUGAGCUCAAUGACUUCCUACUAGAUGUGUCAAAAACAUACUUUGAUAACAUUGUGGCAAUAGAUUCUCUACUUGAACAUAUUAUGAUAUAUGCAAAAAACCUGGUGAAUGCGGAUAGGUGUGCACUCUUCCAGGUAGAUCACAACAACAAAGAACUGUACUCUGACCUGUUCGAUAUUGGGGAAGAGAAAGAAGGCAAACCUGUCUUUAGGAAAACCAAAGAAAUUAGGUUUUCUAUAGACAAGGGAAUAGCUGGCCAAGUGGCUCGGACAGGGGAAGUCUUAAAUAUCCCAGAUGCCUAUGCAGACCCACGGUUCAACCGAGAGGUGGACCUCAAAACCGGCUACACCACGCGGAACCUCCUGUGCAUGCCCAUCGUUAGCAGGGGGAGCGUUAUAGGUGUGGUGCAGAUGGUAAACAAGCUAAGCGGAAGUGCCUUCACUAAAACAGAUGAGAACAACUUUAAGAUGUUUGCUGUCUUUUGUGCUCUGGCCUUACACUGUGCAAAUAUGUACCACCGGAUCCGGCACUCUGAAUGCAUUUACAGAGUGACGAUGGAAAAGCUGUCUUAUCACAGCAUCUGCACGUCAGAAGAAUGGAAGACCCUUACCCAGCUCAACCUCCCUGCACCCAUUUAUAAAGAGAUCGAAACGUUCCACUUUGACAUCAACCCCUUUGAGGAGAUCUGGCCUGCUGUCUUUAUCUACAUGGUUCAUAACUCCUGUGGAAAGACCAGCUUUGAGCUGGAGAAGCUGUGCCGGUUCACCAUGUCUGUACGGAAGAACUACCGGCGUGUGCCCUACCACAACUGGAAACACGCAGUGACGGUGGCACACUGUAUGUAUGCCAUCUUGCAGAAAACCACUGGGAUGUUCACAGAGUUAGAGAAGAAGGGUCUGUUGAUAGCCUGCCUGUGCCAUGAUCUGGACCAUCGGGGGUACAGCAACACAUACCUGCAGAAGUUUGACCAUCCGCUGGCGGCUCUGUACUCCACCUCAACCAUGGAACAACACCACUUCUCCCAGACUGUCUCCAUCCUGCAGCUGGAAGGGCACAAUAUUUUCUCCAACCUGAAUUCCAGCGAGUACGAGCAGGUGUUGGAGAUCAUCCGGAAGGCCAUCAUUGCCACGGACCUCGCCCUGUACUUCAACAACCACCAGCAGCUGACGGAGCUGCUGACCUCACGUGCACUGGACUUGAACAACCACACACACAGGGACCGUGUGAUUGGUCUGAUGAUGACAGCAUGUGACCUGUGUUCUGUUACCAAGAAAUGGCAAAUCACACGACUCACAGCCAACGACAUCUAUGCUGAGUUCUGGGCUGAGGGAGAUGAGAUGAAGAAGAUUGGAAUUCAGCCGAUCCCUAUGAUGGAUAGAGACAAGAAGGACGAGGUUCCCCAAGGCCAAGUGGGAUUCUACAAUGCUGUUGCGAUUCCAUGUUACACGACACUAUCAGAACUUUUCCCUCCAUCCAGUCCUCUUCUAAAAGCCUGCAAGGAGAACCUGAGCCAGUGGGAGAAGAUAUCGCGGGGAGAGGCGGAGGACAUAGUGCCAAGCCGGCCUUCUGAUUCAGGCCCUGUCAAGGUGGACAACUGACUACCAAAGGGGUUGCUGGCCCACCAAAGGAAUACAACCGGAACCCUGCCACGGACCUGGAACUAUGUAAGGGGAAGAACCCACAUCCUGUGUUAGCAGGAGACGGAUCAGCUAAAGGCGACUUGACUUUGAAAACACACAGUUACCUCAUUGGGUGACGGAGGUGUCAACACUGACGGUUUCACCGAUCCCAGAGACUGACAAACAGCCGAUGGGGAGGGACUUCUACCCAUCACCCUACAUCCACUCAGCUUGGGAAUUAAUUUGGUAAAAUGGACUUGUGCCGUUUUGGUUGUUUUAUGCUAUUAUGUGAUAUUUUUUUUUUUUCAUUUGAGCUGAUUCUUUUAUGGUCUUGUAUUUGCAGAGGCCUUACUCUGAACCUUUCACAGGCUAGAAUAUGUGAAAUCUUGUUGUCGGUUCAGGCUUUUAUGAAUUGGUACUGUUUGCCUUCUGCGGUAGGUUUAUCGUACGUGCACUACUUCAGCAAGGUAUUCCCAGAGACAGAAGGAAUGUGUAGAGCAGAUUACUUACUGAGAAGGUGGAUGUCAGAAUGUGUUUAUAUCACUUUUUGAGCAAAAAUCCUUUGCUGUACUUGAAGAGAGACAUACAGCCUAUUCUACAUGGAGAUGGCAGAAAUCCCCCCCGCAGCAUAUUCAUCAAAACGAUGAACUGUGACGAGAGGAGUUAGAUAAUGUCGACACUUGUGAACACAGUCACGAGAGAGUCACAAUGUUUCUCCCUGAAGUGCCCCCCACCCCAGCCCCCACAUGACUUAUAGUAAGACAAGACUGCAUACCAUUGGAUUUCCACUCUCAUAACAUUUUUACACGCCUCUAUCACAUCAUAAAUUAUUUGACACUACAAUCUGGUCCCUACUCAUUAAUCAGCAAUCACUUCUACGACCAUGAAUAAAACACAAGUAAAAUGAGGAUACUGCACAAGUUGCCUAAGUGUCUCAGCGGAUUAUAAAGAUUUGUUUGUUUGCAGUGGCACAACAAACUUUUUACAUGUUAACCACCUUAUGUAAUGUCCACACAGUUCCCUGAUUUAUAACACAAGGUCAAAGCAUGAUGAAUUAUUAAGGUAUAAAUUAAAUAAAAGGAUGGGAUUAGUUUUAGCUCUUUCGUGAGCCCAUACAGUCUCUUUGUCUUUUCAGGUUCAAAGCAUUAUUGUGAAACAUUUAUGACACUGAACGCUGCUGAUGCCAGGCACAGCAGCACAAGAGACGUCUCAAUGGUCAGCUUCGUCUUAUCCCAUAAUGUCAAACCUGUUAAGCUAAAGUGCAUCACCUGUCUAUCUCUGGGAUUGCAAAUGUUGGCUGACUUUUUGCAGGUGUGAAACAAGAAGCUCCCCUCAUAUCCACAACCUGUUGAAGGAAAUAAACCAUCCUCCUUAUGCUGACUCUCUCACAUCAUGCAAGGGGGGUACAUUUGGACUCUUCUCAAUGAGUUUCCGAGAUCUUCCAAAAGACAAUAGUUUUGUCUGAAACUGUCAUUCCAGUGGACGUCGUCCCUCCAAGACUGAAAUUACCGCUCAAAUAAUUAGUUUUAUGACUGGUACUGUGGCCCCCAAUGGUGUGAAUGUACAUUUUGAUGAAUGUUUUGUUGAUUGCAGAUGCUCAGUGGUGGCGUGAUGUGCUCUGUCUUACUUUUCAGAAUUGCUUCCAGUAAGCUUCAACCAAGAGCAACAGUUAGCAUGCACAUAAACUGAAGUUUAUGUAUAGUUUUUGCAUAUACAGUAAUAGAUGUAUACUGUGUACAAUCUAGGAAUUAUUUUGUACAGAAUGAUGUAUGCUCUGAUGGUGCUAAACUGAAUGGCAGUCGUGCACUUUCUUACUGGGUGUGUAUAUUGUGUGCGUGUGUGUGCAUGCGUGUGCGUUAAAGAGAGAGAGCUUUUGACUGCCCACCCCCCCCAACUCCAUGACACUGCACUGUCCCUUCUAGUUUUCAGCACCAGUUAUAUCCCAUUGUCUGCACUAUGUUUAGCAUAUGAUCUUUAUCAUUAUUAUUGAUGAUUAUUAUUAUUGCUAUUAUUACUAUUGUUAUUUUCUUAAUUAGAGUUAAAUUUAAAUUAACUUAUAUUUUUUAUACAAAGAAAAAUAAUGUUGGCCUUUUUGUUUUGUACAAAGUAAAUAUUAAGAUAAACAAAACGGUCUAGACAUGUUACUGUUACCCAGAAUAAUUGCGGAAUGUCUCAACUGUAAAUGUAAGAGCAGUAGCCCAAAUGACUUUUAUUAAAUACCUGAAAAACA